CACCACCACUCCCCAGCCUCGGUCACCAAUUGCGCCUUUAUAAGUGAGUCGCAGCCACCAACCCCAAACCUCCCAACAUAAAUACAUCCGAGCCUCUACCAAGCAAAGCCAACAAUGCCAUCCCCCGACCCAACACCACCACCCCCAGCAUCACCACCACCAACAACAAACAACCGAUCUCACCACCACCACCACCCCCCCAGCACCCUCCUCCUCAUCUACCCAGCAACCCUCCUCCUAGGCUGCAUCUUCAGCAUCCUCUCCCCAACCGCCAAACCAAUCCCUCUCCCGCUCCCACCAACACCGCCCCUGGCCCCCUCCAUCGCCACCGACCUCAACACACCCACCCCUCUGCCCCCGACCAUCCCAAUCAACUACUUCGCCCGCAAAGACAACAUCUUCAACCUCUACUUCGUCAAAAUUGGCUGGUUCUGGACAACCCUCACCCUCCUCUGCCUCCUCCUCUCCCAGCCUGCAUACACCCGCGCUCCGAUUCACCGGGCUCGACGGACCCUUCAAGCUGGCAUUAGGUGGGCUAUUGCCACAAGCGUAUGGUACAUAAUCACACAAUGGUUCUUCGGACCCCCGAUUAUGGAUCGGGGGUUCGUGAUGACGGGGGGUGGGUGUGAGAGGGUUGUUCCGUUGGUUGAGGGCGCAAUUAGGAAUGAGGGGGCAGGGGAUGAGGUGGAUUUCAAAACGGUGGUGACGGCCGUGGCGUGUAAGUCUGUGGGAGGGGCGUGGAGAGGUGGGCAUGAUGUUAGUGGACAUGUGUUUUUGUUGGUGGUUAUGGUGUCGGUGGUGGUUUUUGAGGUUGUUGGGGCGGGGAGGAGAGAUUUUCGUGGGGGUAUUGGGGAGGGGAAGAAGGGGGGUGAGGAUGAGGAUGAGAAGGGGGAUAGGGAUGAGGUUGGGGAAGGGGAGGGAGAGAUGGAUGGGGUGAGGGAUUGGUCCGGGCGGUUGGCGUGGAUGGUUGCGGGGUUGGGCUGGUGGAUGUUGUUGAUGACUGCUAUUUGGUUUCAUACGUGGUUUGAGAAGGUCACUGGCUUGUUGAUUGCCCUCGGCACCGUGUACACGAUUUAUAUCCUGCCCCGACGGGUCCCCGAGUGGAGGAAUGUGGUGGGUUUACCGGGUGUAUAACAUAAAGUAUCCACGGCGGCAUCAUGAUUAGAUUUUAUGGGUAGAGUACACUAUACACGAAUACUACGUCUUCACUCUAGUCAUACAAUGUCCGCUCUGGCACCACGGGCUCCGGACCAAAGAAGCCCCGUUG